AUGCGCGUCAUAUCUCACGCCCUACGGUGCCUCGUGGUCUCCCUCGCCUGCCUUGCAGCCGUUGUUAGCGCCGCCAAUGGCGAUGUUUUGGAAGUCGAUGUCGUUUUCCCACGGAAUGAGACUUACGCGCCCACGGACUCAUUCCCCGCUAUGGACUUCACCUUCAACAACGACGGCCAGACAGCGGACCUCGUUGCCGCUACCGCGAGGAACGAGACAUGCCUGGAGGAACUUGGCACCACCAUCAAGGUCACAGGCAAGACUCAGAGCAUCAACGACUUCUACUGGUCUGGGGGUUACACCUGCGCCGUUUUGGAACUUUCAUCUCCGACGCCCACCCCAAACCCUUGCGCUGUCAGGAUCGACUCGGCUACAGCUGCCAGUAUCUCCGCUUCCUACGUCGCCAGGUUGUGCAGCGUCACCUUCCCGCCAGACUACUGCCCACCAGAGGAAGACAGUGCCUCCCGCCGGCUGGCGGUUGCUGGCGUGGCAUCCUUAGCGGCCGCGUUUGGCGCCUUCGGUUUUCUUUGGCUGUGA